AGGCAUCCUAAUUUUAAAAACUCACGUUUUGUGUUUAAAAUCCUCUAAAUUUAAUUUUAUUUCUACCUCUUUAUCUGUUUUCUUACAUUUAAUUGAUGUUGUGGAAGCUGCUACUGACAGCAGCCAUGAUACAUUUCCAUAUUAAAAACCUUUUUUAAAAACGACUCUAUGAGCAACAUGCGAACAAAAUAAAAGACAAAACAACAACUUAAACGUGCUCGUAAAAUAACAGUAGAAUAAAAUAUUUCCCUGUAGAUGCACGACAAUAAUUCCACUGCUGUAACUAACUCUAAUAAAUCAGCUCUUCCAUCGGGACAUGAACCUGGUUCCUACUCGACCUGACUUCCCCAGUAAAUGACAGAGCAGCUCACUGAGCGUCCUGCAGGACAUCUGCUGUCUGCACAGAGCAGCGCUCAGCUCCUCACCGCACCACCGCCUUCACACACCGCACAUGACUGAAGCCAAGUUUUUACCACAGAGGAGGAGAAACUGGACAUUUUUAAAGGAUUUAAAGAUUCACUGCAUCUUUUAAAAUGUCUGGAGAAGCGAUUCUGUGGAGCUGUGACUGAGCACACUUUAUAAGGAGGGAUCUUGGCUCCUGCGGCCGUUUCCCCUGCAGGGCUGAGCUCUUUGGCUGGCUCGCCACUUCCUUAGCAGAGGGGCUGCUGGCAGGGGCAACAUCUGAGCAGGUACCACAAACAAACACGAAUGCAGACAUGAAAGUCACCGAAACAGGUCGGAAAUGUAAUUUAAACUCCUCAGGUGCAGGUUUAAGCUUUUAAUGCAUCUGUAAACACAAUAGAUGUUGACAGAAUUUAGAUUUAGAUUCAGAUAUUGUCUGUUUCUGAUAAUCUGUGUGAGGUUUUGGUCUGAAACAGGUUGAGGAUUCAUGUUACAGAGAGAAAACCAGGUUGACCUCUCGGCUUUGUUCCUAUUGUGCACCUACAACUCUAUCUGUACCUCGAUCUCUGUCUGAUUUACACAGGAGGACAUGCUUCUCUGCACACACUCGACCAAACACCUCAGCUUAUCACCUUAUUUCCAGCUGGAAAAAAAUCACACAGCUCAUAGUGGCUGCAGAGUUUGUGAACAUUAAUCACUGAGUGUUUGCAAACAGGUUUGUUUGUGUCUCUGUGCACAGGUCAUGAAGCCUCAGGAGACAGAGCUUGUCACUGAAAUCUCCAAGUUACAAUGCAUGGUCUCGGAGCUGAAGACGGGUUUUACCAGCGCUCUCCUGGAGCUCAGUCAGAUCCAGCACGGAGACACGUUCCUGAGGGAGGAGCUGGAGGAGAACAGGAGGAGCUGCCAGAAAAAAGCUCUUCGUCUGGAGGCUCUGGUCGAGUCUCUGAGGGAGGAACUCGGUGUGAUGCGGUGUCAGGUCCUGCAGCUGUACAGUAACAGACAGAGACCUCAGCAGGACGGAAAGAGCUCCACAUCAAAACAGAGAGAGAGCAGUGAAGCAGCGGAGGCGGCCGGAGGUGGACGGAGUCAGUGCGAGUGUUCGUCUGCUCCUCCGGCCUGUCUGUCCAGAGGGAAGCUGCUCCUCCACUGUUUCCUGCAGGGACUCAAAGCAGGACUGAGCGAAGGCACAGAUGCUCGACAUCAGGUGGCGAUGCAGCUUCUCCAUUCAGAGUGGGAGUACGUUUCAACCUUAAACCAGCUGUACGACAAAUACAAGACACCGCCUGCUCACCAGACGACUGUGGAGCCAUAUCAGACGUAUCUAAAAUUUGUGGAGCAGCUGCUGCAGCGACACCUCCUCUUCAGAAACACCCUGCAGGAGCGAUUAUCUGCUGAGCACUGGAAGUCUCUGGUUGGAGACAUCCUGGUGCAGCUGAUCGGCCAAAAUGACACAGCUUUUUCAGACAUGUACCUCGGAUACACGACCACUCUGGCGUCCUUCCUCUCGCUGGAGUUCAACAGACUGAAUCAUCCAGAGAAAGGACACAAGCUGCAGAGCGGGCAGAUGGAGAGAGAGGAAAUGAAACUGCUCUCCCUGCUGCUGGCACCUGUCUCUCGUAUACACAGCUACCUGAGUCAUAUUCAGAAUUUGUUGCAGUGGACGGGUAAAGAGCAUCCUGACUGCAGCCUCCUUCUGGGCACAGAGCGAGCGCUGAGGAGCAUCUUGUCUCGCUGUCAUGUGAUUCUGGAGGAAGACGUGCGAUGGGAGGAAGGAGAGGAAGGAGCAGGACAAAGCGGCUCCUCUGAUGCUGCAGCUGCUGGAUCCUCUGCAAACUGUUGCAUCAGAAGUCAACAGCCCAGAGAGUCUCAGAGGGGCAGGGAGGAGUCAAACUCUGCUGCUCAGAGGUGA